AGUGGUGGCCCCUCUUUUUGACAGCUUGCAGUUGGCGCAGGCGUUUGUGAAUUUUGUUUACGUUCGAUCGAAAUGGAGCCGAAACCGCAAUCCUCCAAAAAACGCGCAAGAAUUCAAUUUUGGUGCUGUGUUCCAAGUUGUGCGUGCAGCUACAAGAAGAAUAUUGAUCGAAAUUUGAGUUUUUUCACCGUACCUGACCCGACAAGAUCGCAAACAAUCUUUCUGCAGCAACUAGCCAAGAAACGUUUGAAACGGUGGAGGGAAGCUAUCGGAAGUGAAAUUAAACCGGGGGCGCGAAUUUGUCAAUGGCACUUUCUGAACGGGAAACCAGCGAGCCUGACCAGCACUAGAGAUGUCGAUUGGGUUCCAUCGCGUCAUUUAGAUAACUCCACCAAGGAGCGAUGGACUGUCGAUGAUGAAGCAGCAAACAGUAUCGAUAAACCUUUCGCGGAAAUGGAUUCCGCUGACGAUAUGGAACCUCUAGAUCAGACGGAAGAUGACGAUGAACCGGAGGAAACUGCAGAAGGACACGAAGAUGUUCCUGAACUAGAGGUUGAUUCCGAAAACGAUACAUCCAUGAAUGAAGAAACCACCGAUAUCACGGAACCGGCUGCCAUGGUUGAGACCCUCUUAGAACCAGAAAAUGACGAAUCUGAACCGACGGAACACGACAAAGCCCCAGAUAAAGAUGUGCAAUCUGAACCUGCCGAGGAAGCAGAACAUACUGCAGAAGGCCAGGAACAGGAACAAACUGUGGUAGAAAUACCGGACGACAACAGCAGUUUUUCAUGUGAGAUGUUUGAAGAAAUCGGUCCGGACGAAGAGCCCGCAAAUGGCAGUGAAUUGAUCGGCAUCGAUCGAGAGGAUCAUGGCGAGUCGGUUGUUGAGAACUUUUGCGGCGAAAUCGAAAUCAAAGAAGAGGAACCGGAAAUCGAGCAGGAUGAGUUUCAGAGUUUUAUGGAAGAUGACCCCAUUAUGGGAAUGCCCGCUCCCAUCAAAUACGAAGACUCGGAUGAGAACAGCGAGCUGCCGAUGGUUCAAAUUAAAGAUAAUACGCACCGGAAAGGGAAGAAGAAACAGUCCUCGUCGGAAACAGAUACCGCCGACGAAGGGGACGAUUUUGUCACGUUGGUGACAAGUCCCAUCGGUGAGCAUGCUUAUCAUGCAUCCCCGGUGGUUCACCCUAAACCGCUACUGAGAAAGAAAAUAAAAAAGAAGCCCCAAGUAUCUGCUGUCUCCCCGUACAUGGCGCGAAAUGUACGAAAUUUCCUGUACACGAAAAAUUCCACUCACACUUGCUUGGAAUGCCAGGGGCAAUUUUUCUCGAUCAUUCAAUAUCUGAAGCAUCGCAAAAGACAUCCCAAGGUGGAAAAUUUCCCAUAUCAAUGUCGAUAUUGUCCAUCUCGGUUUCGACUUCACCGUGAUAUGCAACCGCAUUUGUUGACGCACUCAAAACUGGAGAAAUUCACCUGUCCCAUGUGUCCGACUCAGGUAUACUCCGCUCACAAACUGGUAAACCAUAUGCAAGUGCAUCGGUCGAACCCCAAGGAGAAUUACUACUUCAAGUGUGUCACGUGUUCGGUACGAUUCUCGAAAUGCAAACAGCUGGAAGAUCACAACUUGAUAUCGCACCCGAAGUUCGUCAACGGAGUCCCGGUGCAGCCGAUCGUUAAGCAGGGAUUCGAGCCGAAAAAUCGUACCCGAACAGUGCACGUUUGCUUUCACUGUGGCAAGGUUGAGAGCACCUGGCCGGAAUUACUGAUUCACAUGCGCAUCCACAAGGGCCCACUUGCAUGCACGAUCUGUCUGCUGUCGCUAAAAACAAGCGACGCUUUCGCCGAGCACGUCGUCAAGAUUCACAAAGACAUGGGUGAGCUGACGUAUCACCAGUGCAAGAAUCCCGUCUGUCCGAGGGAGUUUAUCUCUCCGCGAGAACUGAAACAGCACCAAGCCACUUGUAUGCCACUCGGUGGCGAAUACCGGUGCGAAAUUUGUGACCAGCUGUACCGUGAAGUGGAUCACUUUGUCACCCACAUGGAGCUGCACUCGAUGCUGUCGAACGAGCUGGGACACAAGAUGUGUCCCCAUUGUGUCUUUCCUACUAACGACCCGGGGGCUUUUGCAGCCCAUCUAGUCAACCACCAUGGCUAUCGGGACCGAGUAGAAACCCUGGAAGUCCUGUAUGCGGAUUAUUUGAGAGAAAAGGUCGAUUCAUCGGCGGACAGUACCGAUGACGAAGAGGAAGCGCUUCCGAACGAAGCUGAGCAGGAAAAGAUGGCGCGGCACAUAGCCGAUGAUGUUGUUCAAGUGUGUGAAUAGAGAUUGGUCAUUAGCAAA